AUGAAGGUCAUCAAAUCCUCAAAGACUGUCGAGAUCCCAGCAGGAGUCACCGUCCAGGUUAAGGGACGUGCCGUCAAGGUCACUGGCCCACGUGGAACUUUGAAGCGUGAGUUCAACCAUUUGUCCGUUGACAUCAACCUCGUCGGCAAGACCAAGAAGGUCGUCACCAUCGAUCUCUGGUUCGGAACUCGUGAUCAGAUUGCUUCCAUCACCACCGUUGCUAGCCACAUUGAGAACAUGAUUACUGGUGUCACCAAGGGAUACGAGUACAAGAUGCGUUUCGUCUACGCACAUUUCCCCAUCAAUGUCGUCGUCGUCGAUGGAGGCAAGGUUGUUGAGAUCCGUAACUUCUUCGGAGAGAAGAUCGUUCGUCGCAUUCCUUUGCUCGAGGGUAUCACCUGCACUCGUACAGAGAAGGUCAAGGACGAGAUUGUCCUCGUUGGAAACGACCUCGAGAAGCUCUCCCAGUCAUGCGCCAACAUCCAGCUCCGCUCUGCCGUCAAGUUCAAGGAUGUCCGUAAGUUCUUGGAUGGUAUCUACGUCAGCGAGAGAAACGUCCUUGGCGAGAAUUAA